AUGUCCGAAUCAUCCACAUUCAAGCAGCUUAACGUCGCCAUCCUGGGCGGCGGCAUCGGCGGCUUCUCGGCUGCCAUUGCUCUGCGUCGCGCCGGCCACAAGUGCACCGUGUACGAGCGCAGGGGCUUCGACGUCGAGGUGGGUGCCUCGAUCUCGUGCGCCGCUAACGGCACCCAAUGGCUCCACGACUGGGGCGUCGACGUCCAGUCCGGCCGACCCGUCAUCCUCAUGGAGCUCACCAUGCGCGACUGGGAGUCAGGCGAGAUCCUCAACCAGUACCACCUGCACGACUACGAAAAGACCUGGGGCAACGUCUACAACAUGUUCCACCGCCAGGACAUGCACAAGAUGCUGCUCGACACCGCCGUCUCGCCCGAGGGCAAGGGCAUCCCCGUCGAGAUCGUCAUGGACCACAUCGCAGAGAACGUCGACCCGGACACCGGCAUCAUCACCUUCCGCAACGGCAACAAGGUGCACGCCGACCUCAUCAUCGGCUCCGACGGCAUCCGCUCCAAGGCGCGCGUCGCCAUCGGCGUCACGCCCGACAUCAAGUCGGCACCGCAGACCUGCUACCGCUGCAACGUGACCAAGGAGGAGGUCGAGCGUCUCGGCCUCACCUGGGCUGCCGACCCUGCGAUCCAGUUCUGGGGCGGCUACCCCAAGGAGGACCUCAACCAGUACUACAAGAUCGUCAUGAGCCCGUGCGCUGGCGGCGACGUUGUGUCGUUCUACUGCUUCAUGCCUACCGAGCUUACCAAGCACCAGUCCGAAGGUUUCGUGUUCGAAGAGGUGCCGCCCGAGGAGAUCCUCGCAGGCGCCUACUCGAAGCUCGACCCUCUGUGUGUCAAGCUGAUCCAGAACUCGGUGGAGCGCAAGCCGUGGCGUCUGUACGUCCACCAGCCCUACUCGCACUGGUACAAGAAGCAGACGUGCAUCCUCGGUGACGCUGCGCAUCCCAUGAUGCCCCACCAGUCGCAGGGCGCAUGCCAGGCCAUCGAGGACGCCGCUGCGCUCGGCAUCAUCUUUUCGCAAGAGUACAGCUUCACCAACAACAUCGAGGCGGGUCUCAAGCUCUACCAGGACAUCCGCAAGCCAAGGGCUACGCGCGUGCAGCAGGCCUCGACACGUGCGCUCGAGAACCUCAACGAACGCAUCGGCUUCUCGUCGCUCAAUGCGCACGACGCCGCGCUCGCCGCCAGCGAGAACAAGCUCACCGUCAACGAGAUGAACACAUACGACAUGAAGAAGGACAUCCGCGAGACCGUCUACCCCAACCUCAAGUCGACUCCAUCCGUUUCGACGCCCAUCGCCAACAUCAGUGCGGCGUCGACCCCGAUUGCUGCCGAUGCAUAG